CUAAAAUAUACUCCGUAAAUGAAUACGGAGUAUCAAAUAUUAAUUUUGUUUAAGUCAUGAUCAAAGUUGAUCAACUCGAUGUAGUAAAAGAUCAAAAUUUUAGAAACUCAAAUUACAGGUGUGGGAUGUACAUUUCUUGUUUCUUGGACAUGAAUGGCAGAUGUGAAGAGGCUGAUAGGUAGAAAGUUUAGUGAUGUAACGGUGCAAAACGAUAUGAAGCUCUGGCCAUUUAAAGUCACAGCUCGCCCUGGAGACAACAAACCAAUGAUAGUUGUAACUUUCAAGGGCAAAGAGAAGCAAUUUGCUGCUGAAGAGAUAUCUUCAAUGAUCCUCCAAAAGAUGAAGAGUGUUGCCGAGGCCUAUCUAGGGAAGCAAGUCAAGAAUGCUGUUAUCACUGUUCCUGCCUACUUCUGUGAUGGCCAGCGUCAAGCUACAAAAGAUGCUGGUUUCAUUGCCGGGCUUAAUGUCUUGCGCAUCAUCAAUGAGCCCACGGCUGCUGCAAUUGCCUAUGGUCUUGACAAGAAAGGAUCUGGAAGUGGCGAUUCUGCUUCUAAAAACAUUCUGGUAUUUGAUCUUGGUGGUGGGACAUUUGAUGUCUCUAUUGUCAGAAUGGAGAAGGAUGUGUUUGAGGUCAAAGCUGUUAAUGGGAACACUCACCUUGGAGGGGGAGACUUCAAUAACCGAAUGGUGAGCAUUACCCGUGCACGGUUUGAGAAACUGAAUAUGGAUCUGUUUGAAGACUGUAUGGAGCUAGUUGAGAAUUGUUUGAAAGAUGCCAAAAUGGAGAAGAGCCACAUUCAUGAUAUUGUUUUGGUUGGGGGGUCCACCCGUAUCCCAAAGGUUGAAGAAUUAUUACAAAAACUCUUCCAUGGAAAGAAGCUUUACAAAAGUAUAAAUCCAGAUGAGGCGGUUGCCUGUGGAGCAUCUUUUCAUGCAGCAUCCCUGACUGGUGCCUGUUUGGGUGCGAAAAAGGAUGUUGUGUUGGUUGAUGUUGCUCCGCUAUCUCUUGGUAUUGGGUGUUAUAGUGGUGCAAUGUCUGUUGUUAUUCCAAGGAAUACCCCCAUCCCUACAAAGAUGACCAGGCACAAUUACAAAAAUGUUUAUGACAAUCAAACAGCUACUUUGUUCCCUGUGUAUGAGGGGGAAAUGCCAAUAGCAAUAUACAACUAUUUCUUGGGAGAAUUUACCCUCCGCAACAUUCCUCCGGCGCCUAGAGAUGUUCCUAAGUUUGAUGUUGAUUUUGAAAUCGAUGCCAAUGGCAUCUUGACCGUAUCUGCUCAACUCGUGGGAAGUAACAACAAGGAACAAAUCACUAUAACCAAUCACAGCGCUAGGUUGUCAAAGGCAGAGAUUGAUCGAAUGGUGAAGGAGGCCGAGGAGUACAAGGCUCAAGAGGAGGAGCUCAAGAAAUCAUCCGCAGCUAAAAAUGCUUUAGAGAGUUACAUCCACUACGCAGGGGGCACUUUGGGUUGCCAUGGAAAUAGGGUUGAGAUGAAGGAUAGGAGUGCUUUGAGAGAUGCAAUUGAGAAGACGGUCCAUUGGUUAGAGUGGAACUACCUUCUUUGCGAUGCUCUCAAGUUUGAAGAGAAGAGGAAAGAGCUCGCGGCUAUAUGCGAGCCUGUCAUCACUAAGAUGAUGCAGCCUGGGCAGGGUAGUUGCUGCAAAUUUGCCAAGGCUGAGAUCAUUGAGAUAGAGGAUGACUAGUGGAAGCUGAUGAAUCUUGAAGCCCAGUUUUAUUAUAGGUGCAGAUUAUGGCAUGUUGAUUAUGUUCAAAGUUUUUUGCUUCAAACAAGUGCAUAUGUAUGUAUUCCCAAAAAAUAGCUGACUAAAAA